ACUGAAUGACUAUGACAGGUGUCCCUGGCUGUCGGUGUGUCUGUGGGUCUCCUGGUGCUGCUGCUGCUGGGUCUGAUGGUGUAUUGUCUGUGGAGGAAUAAGAGGAGUCAGAGUCAGUACGAGGAGCUGCUCUCUUCUGUACCUGCAGUACCAGCGUGCUCUCCUCCCCUGAUCUUGGUGUCUCAGGGCCUCUGGACCACGCCCGAUGAGAUCCCGUUCGCCUUGCCCCCUCGCUUCAUGACACAAAACCAAGCUGACGUGAAAAAGACGGAUGACAAAGAAGGGGAGGAGUUGAAGAUGGAGGUACGGAGGAGCAUUUUAGACCAUCGUGGAUCACUGUCAGUAAGCAGAUGGUACCCGGUGGGGACGGUGCUGGCCGGUCUCUACUCUGUCCCCCUGAACGAGGUGGUGGCCCCUCCGCCCGGCAUGGCCACUCGACUCUGCUUCUCUGUGGAGUACAGACACGGCAGUGAGCAGCUCAUGGUCUCCUUGCUCCGCCUUGGAAAUCUCCCUCCACGCUUCCACGGCAAUGUCACCCUGGUGGAGCUCCGUCUUCUUCCUGAUGACCGACGGCCUCGCCAGGCCAAGGCCCGGGGCACGGGGCCCGACCCGGAGUUCAACGACUGCUUUGUUUUCCAGGUGUCCAGAGUGUGUGUGCCUCAGGGAACUCUGAGUGUGUGUGUGCUGAGUGUGGAGCAAGACGGCAAACGGCACGCUGUUGGCCGGGUGCUGUUUGCUCUGGAGGGGGAGCUCGGUAAUGCGGGCAGGGUGCUGUGGCGAGACCUGGAGACAGAGGACGAAACUCAGUGUUCAGAGCUGGGUGAUGUGCAGAUAUCUCUCAGCUACAGUCCAGCUCUGCAGCGCCUCUCCGUGGUCGUCCUGAGGGCCCGCGGGCUGCAGCUGCUCACAGAUGCAGGUGUGUGUGUCCAGGUGAGCUUACAGAUACACACUCAGGUAGUGAAGAUAAAGCGAAGCUGCGUGGUGAAGGGCUUCAACCCAAAUUUCAACCACAGGAUGACUUUUAAACUCCGAUCGCAGCACGUGGACGAGGCCUGUCUCAGGUUUGAGCUACAAGAGCCGAACAACGUGUGCUCGGAGCCCCCGGUGCUGCUGGGCGUGCUGGUGUUGGGCCCCUUCAUGUACGCCAGGGGCCAGCAGCUGCAGCACUGGAUGGACAUGGUGAACACACCACAGGAGGCGAUCAAGCUGUGGCAUGGACUGGGCAGGGCCACUUAACAUGAAAAUGCAAACAUAGGAUAAUAAUAUACAAAAAAAAAAAAUGUUGAAACAAUAAAAUAUGAAAAUAGUAUUCAAAUAUAAUACUUCUCUGCCAAAUCACAUUAAAUAGCUGUGGAAUUGAUCUAAAAUAACACCUUGAUGUUGGUGACCUUGGUGAUGAAAAUGCAGAACUGAGCAGCCAGCAGUGGGAUCAAUAUAUGGCAACUCAGCAAUUUAGCAUCUGUUUAAAAAAAAGGUUUGGGAGGUUAACUGAAAGUGCCAUGGAGGGAUGCAAAAGUUUAUUUUUUCUAUGAAUUUUAUAAAUUUGAUAGUAGAAAUAUUCAAAUGAAGAGAUUUGAAGCUCGAUUUAAAACAGUGGAUGAAUAUGAAAGACUGGUCCAAGUUGUCUUUACAAGGCAAAAACUUUUGAAACGGGAGAAGCCGGAGAGAUAUUGUUUGAUAAAUCAAUCCUGAAGGUACUGUACCGCAAAUAUCAGAUGCAAUAAAAUAUAUAUGCUAAGCGAAUUUAUGUUUUAAUGUGCAUCUGUGUAUAUCUUUA